CACACCAUGUAUCCAAUUCCAAUCAGUCAGUGUCCCAUGAUUCCAAGCGACUGUGGAGAAUUGGCGUGGUGACGCUCUAGCAUUACAGCGCUGGUCUGCGCUCGAGUGUCUGUGAAAUCAAUCAGGAGCAAACAUGAAAACGGGAUACUAACAGAAACGCAGAACCGAGCCUGGAGGAGAAAACACAAAGAAAACGGGAGUACACCACGGAUCGGACCAUAAUUACUAAAGCAGAAGAACCCUCCAAGUCUGAGCUGUAAAUGUAUCAGAAACCGGGAGCCCAGCAUGAAGAAAGCAAGCAGGCCAGCGGUCACCUCAUCGAAGGCUGCGGCAGGGAGUAAGACGCAGAGCAACGAGAAACUGAAAUCUGAGAACGGGGCGACUGGGAAGAGCAGCUCCAAGACCGGAGGCACAGCGGCACUGUCCAAGACAAAGAGCAAUGAUGACCUGUUAGCAGGGGUGGCUGGCGGUCUGUCGGUGAACAACAGUGUGAAGGGAAAGAGGACCUGCUCGGUGGCGGGCACCUCCACAGCCGGGACCACCGGCAGCACCUCCGAGGGCAAGACCAAGAGCAGCACUGGUUCUUCAGCUAAACGUGGCACGUCUUCUGGGGCUAAAGAGGUGAGCUCAACACGAGACAGACUCCGGGAGCGUUCUCGAGCUGGUACAGGCAAGAAGCUAUCCUCCUCUGCAGCCGCUGCCACUAACGAUGCCACGCUGGCCAAGCGAUCCCGCAGCCACAUACUGGCCGAGUCGGAGACGCGCAUGAGCAAGUCCAAAUCAGACAGCCAGAUCACCGACAAAGCUGCCUUGGAGACUAAAGUGAAGGACCUUCUGGGCUUGGCAAAGAGCAAAGAUGUGGAGAUUCUGCACUUGCGCAACGAGCUGAGGGACAUGCGGGCCCAGCUGGGCUUGGGCGAGACCUCUGAAGAGGGGGAGGAGGACAAAGUGGUGGUGGCGGCAGAGGAAGAGGUCGUCUCCAUCACUCACCAAGCUACAGACGUGGAAUCCACGCUGCUGCAGCUUCAAGAGCAGAACAAUGCCAUCCGUGAGCAGCUGAACCAGCUGAAGAACGAGAACCGCAUGUUGAAAGACCGGUUGAAUGCGCUGGGCUUCUCCCUGGAGCAGAGGUUGGACGGCUCGGAGAAGAUCUUCAGCUACCAGUCCCUAAGCCUGGAUUUAGAUGUGGGAAGUGUCCACAGUGACGGAGGAGGGACGCUGACCUCCUCGGUGGAAGGAUCAGCCCCUGGUUCCAUGGAGGAUCUCCUGAGCCAGGAUGAGAACACUCUAAUGGAAAACCGUCGCAGCAGCUCCAUGGACAACCUGGACAGCGAAUCCAGUGAGGUCUACCAACCCAUCACCUCCAGCGACGAUGCUCUGGACGCCCCUUCCUGUUCCUCCUCUUCCUCCGAGUCCGAGGGGGCCCCGAGUCGAGAGAGGUCUCGGAAAGGCAGCAGCGGGAACGUCAGCGAGGUCUCAGUGGCCUGCUUGACGGAGAGGAUCCACCAAAUGGAGGAGAACCAGCACAGCACCGCCGAGGAGCUUCAGGCCACAUUGCAGGAGCUGUCCGACCUGCAGCAGAUCACUCAGGAGCUGAACGCAGAGAACGAGAGGCUGGGGGAGGAGAAAGUCAUCCUGAUGGACUCGCUGUGUCAGCAGAGCGACAAGCUGGAGCACUACGGCCGGCAGAUCGAGUACCUCCGCACUUUGUUGGACGAGCAUCACAUCUCCUACGUCGUAGACGAAGACAUCAAGAGCGGCCGUUACUUGGAGCUGGAGCAGCGAUACAUGGAGCUGGCGGAGAACGCGCGCUUCGAGCGAGAGCAGCUGCUCGGGGUCCAGCAGCACCUGAGCAACACCCUGAAGAUGGCUGAGCAGGACAAUAAGGAAGCCCAAGAGAUGAUCGGGGCCCUGAAGGAGAGGAACCACCACAUGGACCGCAUCAUCGACUCGGAGCAGAAGGGCAAGGCGGCUCUCUCCGCUGCUCUGGAGGAUUACAAAGCCACGCUUGGCAAUGAACAGUUGGAGCUGAACCGCUUCAAAUGCCAGCUGGAGCAAGAGAGGCAGAAGGUGGCUGAGCUCUACUCCAUCCACAACUCUGGAGACAAGAGCGACAUCCAGGAGCUGCUGGAGAGCGUGCGAAUGGACAAGGAGAAGGCAGAGGCCCUGGCCACCAACCUGCAGGAGGAUCUGGGUCACACACGCAAUGAGGCCAACCGGCUGCAGGAUGCCUUCGGCAAGGUGGAAGCAGAGUACAGGCUCUUCCAGGACGAGGCUAAGAAGCAGAUUGCAGAGCUGACCAUGAGCCUGGACAAGCUGCGCUCUGCUCUGGAGGAGAAGGAGACGGCCAUCGAAGACAUGAAGGAGACCAUCUUCGAGCUGGAGGAUGAGGUGGAGCAGCACCGCGCUGUCAAACUGCAUGACAACCUAAUCAUCUCCGACCUCGAGAAUUCUGUGAAAAAGCUCCAGGACCAAAAGCACGACAUGGAGCGAGAAAUUAAAAUCCUGAACCGAAGACUUAGGCUCAGCGAGUAUCUGUGCUGCUCUCUGCAGGAGGAGUCUGCGGAGUGGCGUCAGUUCCAGGCAGACCUGCAGACAGCUGUGGUCAUCGCGAACGACAUCAAAUCGGAAGCACAGGAGGAGAUCGGAGACCUGCGGCGCCGGCUGCUCGAGAACCAGGAGAAGAACGAGAAGCUGGGCAAAGAGCUCGACGACAUCAAGAACCGCAAGCAGGAUGAGGAGCGUGGCCGGGUGUAUAACUACAUGAACGCAGUAGAGAGGGACCUGGCAGCUCUGAGGCAGGGCAUGGGGCUAAGCCGCCGCUCCUCCACCUCCUCGGAGCCCUCGCCCACCGUCAAGACGCUCAUCAAGUCCUUCGACAACGCCUCGCAAGUCAUCCCGGGCUCUGCUGCUGCUGCCGCAGCCGCCGCUGCUGCCACGGCCACGGCUACGGCCAUCCCCCGGACGCCCCUGAGCCCCAGCCCCCUGAAAACCCCCCCAGCAGCCGCUGUCUCACCCAUCCAGAGACAUUCGAUAAGUGGAUCCAUGUCUUCACCUAAACCCCUCUCCUCGCUCGCAGACAAGCGGCCGAGCUAUGCUGAGAUCAAUGUUCCAGCGGGUGAUUCUAUGUCCUGGGGCUGCACAGCAGAGCACCUGAUGAGAACCUCCUCGACUGGCAGGCCAGCCUCCACACUGCAGAGGGGGCCCACCAUCGACUCCUCCAAGUCUAUCUCAGUGUCUCGGAGAAGCAGCGAAGAGGUGAAGCGUGAUAUCUCUGCUCCAGACGGUGCCUCUUCAUCCUCUCUCAUGACGAUGGGAUCAGCCUCUCCCCAGCUCUCUCUCUCCUCCUCCUCCCCGACUGCUUCCGUCACACCCACAGCUCGCAGCCGCCUCCGGGAGGAGAGGAAGGACCCGCUGUCAGCGCUGGCCCGGGAGUAUGGGGGUUCCAAGAGGAACGCUUUGCUCAGGUGGUGCCAGAAGAAAACCGAAGGAUACCAGAACAUUGACAUCACAAACUUCAGCAGCAGCUGGAACGACGGUCUGGCGUUCUGCGCCGUCCUGCACACCUACCUGCCUGCCCACAUCCCCUACCAGGAGCUCAACAACCAAGACAAGAGAAGAAAUUUCACACUUGCCUUUCAAGCAGCAGAGAGUGUUGGCAUCAAAUCCACGCUGGACAUCAACGAGAUGGUCCGCACGGAGCGUCCAGACUGGCAGAGUGUCAUGACUUACCUCACAGCUAUUUACAAGUACUUUGAGACAUGAUGUCCCCCUGCCUGGACUCCAGUAGAGGACUGUCUCUGAGAGCGACCAACCACUAAAUCACCUGCUGCAAACAGACUCCCAGCAACAUGCAGGGAUACCCAACUUAACAGCAUUAAAGCUAACAGACACCACAGUCAGCAACACCUCUAGAUACAAGCUGACUGCUUUGGGAAUCCCAUCCACCAAUACUGACCAGCUGCACAUGGGAGGCACACAGUACUGUAUGUUGUCUAAUAUAGUAAUUACAGCCACACCCAAUUGCUGGUGGGAGAGACUCAUCCAGGGAAAGGACACGACUGCAGGGACAUUAUCACAGUUAAGUUUUAGUGAAGGAAACAAAAAACCCUCUGAUUGCUUUUAUUGCGGUAAAAGGCGUUCCAGGGAUCAAGAAAAUAAGGUGUCACAAUAGUACUACAAUCUGCCUGGCUGCACCAUGUAUAGAAGCUAAUCAUGCAUUGAAUACAGACUGGUACUGAGCUGUGCAACACCACGUUACAAGGUGGGAGGGACUCAAAUCCUUUUUUGCAGGAUGAUUUCAGGAGUAGUCAACGCUUUUUCCAACUUGGGUAACAACGUAAAAAAAAUUCUUUUUUGUAGCAGUAGCUUCUGUCAUUUUUUGCUGCUUUAGCACUGCCUUGAAGUUUUUAGUCAAGCUGAAAUCCCAAUUUAGUACUGAAACUAGCACAUGAAAUAACCACAUAGAACCUCUGCGCUCUAAUGCAGCAGGCAUUAAUCUUAUAGGGUACAAGCUUUUAGACGCAGCACAGUUCAGAGGAAACGAUAGUAUUGGUACAGUAUAGUCAAGUCCUACCCAUUCACCUUUACACUGCAUCAUUUCUGAUUGCAGUGGUAGUUCAUAGUUUCACACUUUAUUUAAACACUUAAAGCAUUUUGAAACUUGCUUAAAAACAAAAAGAAGCACGUCUACAAAGCUAUUUCCCCAGAAGUUAAUUGAUUAGAUGUUAGCUACACAAGUGUGUCAUCCGAAUGAAUAAACCACCUUCAUAGCACCAUUUUUAUGGUGCUGUUAUUUCUCCUUUGUAGCUGGUAAUGGGGACAUUUCACACAAAAUAACUUACAAGUGGAGGUGAGAAUGCCAGCCUCAAGCCAAAAUUGUAAUUUUGUUAUUGUGAAGUUAGGGCUUUUGUGUUGUGGAUGCUAUAGUCAUCGAUACCAAACACUUUUUAAAAAGCCAGUGUUGCACAAGGAUGUGUUUUUAACCUCACUAGGACAAAAAAAAAAAAAAAAACCUGACAUGGACCGCUCUUGUUUUCCCUUCUCAUUCUGUUACUGGUUUCCACAGCAACACAAAUCCAUUGUUUUUCAUGACUCCCAACAACCAAAUCUAGACAAGUCAUCAUUCGAGUGAAGCAUUGGCAGCCAUUGUGUUUUGUGGCAUCCAUGGGGCGAUGGUAGCUCAGCCUCACGUAGUACUGUGCACUCAUCUCAAGGCUUCAAGAUCACAAUGCUGGAACCCAUUCUACAAUCUCUUAGAAAGUCCCUCCUGUACUGUACAAGUAUUUGGGGAAUGACGUAUUUGGUAAAAACCACAAAUUUACAAUUUAUUGUGGUUUCCAAAAGUGAAAAAUGAAUCAAAUCAAACAUCAGCAAUAACCCCAGAUGUCAGUAUUACGAGGCACGAGUGUGGGCUGUAUUAAGAAAUGCCUGAAUCCUCACUCUUUUUUUUUAAAAGCACAAAAAUAAAAAAUGGGUGCAGUCCAUUUUAAGGGGUGGUUACACAUUUCUUCCUAAUUCCUUACAAGUUGCCUUUUGAAUCAUGCUUUUUUUGUGGACUGUAAAGUUAAGCUAUUUUUAUGACUUCACACAUGGUUUGUGCCAUUGUUGAGUCUACCUGCCUGCCAGGAUAUAAGCUGCCGCUUAUGAAGACACCUGGAAGAGGGUUCGAACUGGAUCCUUUGAAACGAUAUGUUCAGAUAAAAAUGUCUGCCUUAAUAGCUUUGAUGAUUUAGAGCUUAGCUUUUUUUUAUUACAGCAGUCAAAUUAAAAUGUAUCUGUAUUCCACUGCCAGGCCAUGCAAGGACUAGGCUGUUAAACAUCACUUGACUCCCACAUAAGCGUAAGCAGUAUGCUGAGCUCGGGGCCUGUCAUUUUUAAAGCAUUUAGAGGGGGUUAAACAGAUUCUGGAGCUUGAAAGAUAUUUCACAGGCAGUAGGGAUGGUGUAUAUUUUUAAUGUUACAAGCAGUCUGCCAGUCAAGCCCCCUGGGUUAGUCGGCUUCAAUGGACUGACACUUCCGUGCACCUCUCGCUUCAAGUUAUGUUUAACAUCUAUAUACUCUGUCUCUUGUAUUUCUAAUUACCUAUUUUUGGGCAGUACAUUUCUAAAGUACAACUAUCCUCCAGUCAUCUCAGGUGCCUAUGGAACACAUUUUAUUUAGUUCAGUUUACUGCACAGGGGUUUGCAUGAGGAUUGCGAUUGGUUUGGUCAAAAAGAACCACUUUCACGAUUACUGUACCAGGAGCUAAAGGGUUUAAUGAGUAAACAUGGCCUGGCAGGAUGAACUGGGGACCCGUGAUCUGUAUGGCCUGCUUCCUCUGUUUUAUUUAUUGCAUGACUUUGGACAUCCACUGCGAAGGAUACAGCAGCCUCUCUCUGGAUUACUGGCAUACAGCACUUGCAGCAGCUGUAGCCUGUAAAACCUGUCAAUACAGAACAAUGGAGAAAUGCUGCAAAAACUGCUUAAUCACAUUUUCUUUUAAGUUGUUAUCUUUUGAUGGAUUAAGUACAGUUUUGUAUUCGUGUAGCUUUUAAAGUUUAAGGAAACCUACAAGAAUCUAAUUUCAACAUCAUAUUGUAUUUAAUCCUUCAAAACAUUAAAGGUCUGAUUGCGGGCUGCACUGCGUGUUACAUGUUUUGGUGUAGGUGGGUUGCAACAUUGGGGUUAAAUACUGAACAGUUGAGCAUUUCAAGUUCUGCACACUAUUGAUGCUACAGGUUUGAAUUGAGACAAUCAGUUACUGUUUGCCUUGUAAUUCAUUAAAAGGGGAUGCUGUAUCUAACUGUUACCUAGCCGAAGAUUUACACAAUGAAAGGUGACAGCUUAGUCACUAUUGUUAUUCUUCGUGCAAAAUGAUGUCUAUCAAUAACACUUAUUAUUUUGUAUGUUAUGUUUUUUGUAUAUCUUCUUGAAUGUAUAAUGAGACCGCUAAGGCUUUCUUUCUGUUUGAGUUAGUAUUUGCGUGUGUGUCUUUGUUUUCAUGUCAUCUUCCAAACAGGCAACAGUAUGGCUGUAUAUUAAGUUAUGUAUUACUUUUCAUUACUUACCUGGGCGUUUUGUUUAUUUUUUGUAUACAAAUAUAAAUUUGUUGCUGGAAAUGUAUUGAGCAGAUACCGGUGUCUAAGCAACAUUAAAACCAUUAUCAGAUUU